AUGGUCUUCAAGCUGCUCCGGGGCUGGGGGAUUAUGCGCGCAAGGCUGCAGGAGCAGAUUGAGAACUUUACCUUCGCUCAAGCUAGGUGUUCCGUGGAAAAUGACCGGGUUGAGAUCCUGUCUGCGGUGCACCACCUGGCGGAGGAGAGUCAGAUGGUGGAGCCUGGAGCCUCCGUCGAGGAGGCCUGCGCAGUGUUGGAGUCCCGGGCGAAGGUGCUGGUCCCUGGUUGCAUGCUUGGAGCCUUAUCGACCGCAGGUAUGCCAUUCAAGAAUGCGGUGAUGAUUUCGCUGCCCCGACUCAUGGGGAUCUUGGACGAUCAGUCCUCCCUGUGCCGUGAGAUUUGGCUCACCUCCCCAGAUCCGGUCCCCGCCAUUCUGCAGAUGGUUCUGCUGACCAUCGCGCUGGGAUUCAUCGCCUUGUCGACCCUUACGGUGACCUUAUUCAUCACCCGGCAGAAACGCCAACAUUGCAUCAUGGAAGUUGCCAUCACCUUCUGCUGCACCGGAGCGGCCAUCGCUGGCUCCGUGCUCUCACGAGGGCCUCUGGCGACCUUAGAAACACCUGGGCUCUUGAACUCAGCGAUCCUGGUGGGCAUCAGCGCCAUCCAGGGCUUGCUGCUUUGGUUUUGCUACGGCGCUGGCCUGCCUUGUCGCGGGUAA